AUGGCAUGUCUCAAGUGCUCUAUCUGCGCGCUGGUCCUCCGGCUCAAUGAUAAGAAGGGGGUACGAAUAUUCAUCUACACCAUCAUCGCCAGCGUACUGGUGACAAACAUGGGCGUUGUGGUCGUUCUCCUGGCAGAGUGCCGACCGGCAGGGUUCUGGAGAGGACCAUCAGCACAGUGCUGGCCAAACAAGAUUCGGAUUUACUGGAUUUACGCUACCAUAGCACAUUCCGUUCUGACCGAUCUCAUACUCUCGUUCAUCCCCUUGACAUUGAUCUGGAAAGUCAACAUACCCCCUCGGAAGAAGGUUCUGGUGAUGUGCCUGAUGAGUCUCGGCCUUGUCGCGUCAGGCUUCGGAAUCACUAGAGCAGCAUUCCUGGGGGUAUCCACUGAAGAUCUCAGCUGGACGUUCUGCAUCGUCGCCAUCUGGUCCAACCUCGAGCUGUUUCUUGGUAUCGUGGCUGCGAAUCUUGCACUAUCCAGAGCGGUUUAUCUGUACUUUCGAGGACAAUGUGACUCAUCAACAAAAGAUCGGUCACAUCCAUCGUCUGCGGGAUAUGUCAACAGUGGGCUUCCAAGGGGCCGACUCAACUUAGCCCCCACCCUGAUUAGCUCGAGUAUCAGACGACAACUAUCAGAAGCAAGAAGUUCAAGUAGCGAUAUACCAUUGGAGCCAUGCAUCCACAAGGGGACUGGUUCUAGUGGAGCAUACGACAGGUGA